CGACUUGGCAAAAGCUUCACUUGCCUUACCCUUGCCUCACCCUAGAGCCGCCCUUGGUCACCGCCCGUGCAGCAGCUGGAGUUUUUACUUUCGUUUCAGAUCAUCCCUUUCAGCAAUGGGCACAACAAAUAUAAGGGACAUUUUGACUUGUUUGAGUCCCUCUUUGGACUUCUUUGCUAUCAGUUUUGGUGAUGGCCGUAUCAAGAUAUGGGAUACACUGAAGGGUCAGGUACAAACGGAGUUUGCAGAUAUUGUGUCAACUGAGACAACAGCAAGCUUGUUUACUAAGCCAGGAGGUCAUCUUUCUAUGGAUUAUACUUGCAUGAAGUGGUUAUCAUGUGACAGAAAGAAAAAAAGGAAGCUUGGAACUUCAUUAUUGGUUUUAGGUACAGGCAGUGGUGAUGUUUUGGCUCUAGAUGUAUCUGCAGGUCAUCUCAAAUGGAGAUUUACUGAUUGCCAUCCUGGGUGAGUUCUUUGCGUAACUCAUAACUAAUAUUAUCUUGACUUGUAGAAAGAAUGGUAAAUAGCUUUCUUUUAUGUGUUCUUCUGCGUACUAUGUGUUGGACAUUCAAUUCGAGGUGUAGGACACAUUAUGAAGAAAAGGUAGAGUAGCUUUUAGAUUGCAAUUUGACAAGUAUAAAUAUAGAGGCUCAGAAUUUGAUGUCUAGCACAUAUGUCCAACUUCGAAGAAGGAGUUUUUGGAUGAAUUUUUGUUAGUUCUGCUAUUUUGUGAUGAAAAUAUUUUUUCGCCAUGUUUUACUCUUGU